AUGCGUCUCUUAAUAGUUUCAGAUACUUGUAAGACACCUCUCGGAAGAACAAGUCAGUGUAUAUCACUCUACGAUUGUCCUCAACUUCUUACUGCAUUUGAAGAAAGACCAUUAAGAAGCGAUGUGGUUUCAUUCCUCAGACAAUCACAGUGUGGAUUUGAAGGCUAUGUUCCAAGAGUUUGCUGUGGACCAUUGCCUGAUCUAAUGCCGCAACGACCGACAAGCACGGUCAGGCCAACACAACGUCCUAGACCGGACACAAAUAUAAAUAGCAAUGUGGAUCCUGUGUUCCCUGAAGAUUCUAAUCUAGCUCCCCGCGACCAAUGUGGAAUAGAUACUAAUGGUGAUAGGAUAUAUGGAGGACAAUUUACAGAAUUGGAUGAGUUCCCAUGGAUGGCUUUACUGGGAUAUAAACCAAAUACCAAUCCAAGAUUGACCUACCAAUGCGGAGGAGUGCUGAUAAAUCGAAGAUAUGUUUUAACUGCAGCCCACUGUGUAAUUGGAAGUAUUGAAACCGCAGUAGGAAAAUUGAGCACUGUACGAUUGGGUGAAUACGAUUUACAAACGGACGUCGAUUGUUCUGAUGGUCUUUGUGCGGAUCCCGUUCAAGAGAUUGCUGUUCAAUCAGCAUAUCCAAAUCCAGGAUUCUCUGACCAAAAUAUUAACAGGAAAGAUGAUAUCGCAUUAGUGAGACUUUCGAAGAGAGCUACAUAUUCAUAUUACGUCCAGCCAAUAUGUUUAGCGGACAACAGUCUUCGUUUAGACGUUGGUACUGACGUGUAUGUUGCUGGUUGGGGAAAUACCUUGGGCGGCAAAAGUAGUCCAGUGAAACUGAAACUGGCCUUACCUCUAUUCAGUAAGUCGCAAUGCGUUCAGAAGUAUAGAAGUCUGCAGGCGGAAUUGACAAGCGGGCAGUUAUGCGCUGGUGGUGUCUUCGCUGAAGACGCAUGUAGAGGAGACUCUGGUGGUCCUCUGAUGAGGAAAUCUCCAUCUGGAAUCUGGCAGUCAAUUGCUAUUGUCUCAUUUGGAAAUGGAUGUGGCAGAGAUGGCUGGCCCGGCGUGUACACCUCUGUACCUAGCUAUUUAAGUUGGAUACAGCAAACUAUGCGCUCCUCUAAUGUUUAA